AUGGCCUCUUCCCUCCACAAGCCCCGCGCCCUCCUCGCCCAAGGCGCCCGCCGCGUCACCCGCCCGCGGAUACCGACGCGCCUCGUCUUCCCCGCGCAGCGAGCAUGCCUCUCGACCGCCAAGCACCCCUCCGGCUUCAUACCGCCCAAGGAAGAAGACCUGGAGGAGCUCCGGGAGCGGGUGCAAGAAUUCACGCGACGAGAGAUCCCCGAGGAGGUCGCGCAGCGGACGGACCACGAGAAUGAGUUUCCCAAGGACAUGUGGCGGAAGCUGGGCGAGGCAGGGUUCCUGGGCAUAACGGCGGACGAGGCGUACGGCGGGCUGUCAAUGGGGUAUCAGGAGCAUUGCGUGGUGAUGGAGGAGAUUAGCAGGGCGUCUGGCAGCAUCGCUCUCUCCUACGCAGCACAUUCGCAGCUGUGUGUUAACCAGCUGAUGCUUAACGGAUCGAAGGCCCAGAAGGAAAAGUACCUACCAGGCCUGAUCUCUGGCGAGAAGGUCGGCGCGCUGGCGAUGAGCGAGCACUCGGCGGGCAGUGACGUCGUCAGCAUGAAGAGCACGGCCAAGCGCGUCGACGGCGGCUACCUGCUGAACGGCACCAAGAUGUGGAUCACCAACGGGCCCGACGCCGACUACAUCGUGGUCUACGCAAAGACGACGCCCGACGCCGCGUCCAAAGGCAUCACCGCCUUCAUCGUUGAGACCACCGCCAAGGGUUUCUCGUGUGCUCGCAAGCUGGACAAGCUGGGUAUGCGCGGCUCGAAUACGGGCGAGCUGGCGUUCGAGGACGUCUUCGUGCCGGAUGAGAACGUGCUGGGGCAAGUCGACAAGGGCGUGCGCGUGCUGAUGGAGGGUCUCGACCUGGAACGCUUGGUCCUGAGCGCCGGUCCUCUUGGCAUCAUGCAAUCCGUCAUGGACCUCGUCCUCCCCUACACCCACACCCGCACGCAGUUCAACCAGCCCAUCGCCCACAACCAGCUCGUCCAGGGCAAGCUUGCCGACAUGCACACCAAGCUGCAAGCCUCGCGCGCCUACACGUAUCAGGUAGCCCGGCGCAUCGACGAACGCCACGCGCAGAUCGCGUCUGGCGAGUGGGUCAUCCCGACGCAGGAUUGUGCGGGGGCGAUCCUGUAUGCAGCCGAGCGCGCGAGCGAGUGUGCGUUGGAUGGUAUUCAGCUGAUGGGCGGCAUGGGGUACAUGAAUGAGGUGCCUGCAGGGAGAUUCCUUCGUGAUGCGAAGCUGUAUGAGAUCGGUGCGGGGACGAGCGAGGUGAGGAGGAUGUUGAUUGGGAGGGUGUUUAAUAAGAUGUAUAAGCAGUAG